CAACAGCAGCAACAACAACAACAGCAGCAGCAGCAACAACAGCAAUCAUUUUCAAGUCAGCAAAAUAAACAACAGCAAAUGUUUGAAAGUUUUAUGGGUUCAGCACGUUUGGGUGUAUAUGGUCGGCAACAAACUGGUUGUAUGAUACAACAAAAUCAAAAUCAAAAUCAAACACAACAGCAAACACAAAAACAGCAAAAUACGCAACAACAACAACAACAACAGCAACAUCAAAACCAACAAAAUAGUCAAUUAAUGCAGCAACAAUCUCAGCAGCAGCAGCAGCAACAACAACAACAAAACAAAUCCGUCGAUAACAUGAAUCAAGCGUUGACUAAUACAAAUAAUACAGACGCAAACUUUUUGCAGCAACACAAACAACAACAACAACAACAGCAGCAGCAACAAAAUCUGUUUGGUAGCAGUGGCAAAGUAAUGAAUCCGUCACAACAAUCCAAUCAAAACUAUAAUCAACAGGGACAGCAACAGCAACAGCAACAACAGCAGCAGCAACAACAACAGCAACAGCAGCAUAAAGAUAAAGUAUCGAGUGCUGCAAGUUCUAGUGCAACGCUCGACAAUAAUAAUUUAUUGCAUUUAGCAGCAAAUAAUCUAGUGACAGCACAUCAUUUGUCGGCAUAUAAAAAACCAACGCCACCACCACAAACAUACAAUAAUCCGUCUAGCUUAUUGCAUACAUUUCCUGAGGGUAUGCUUAACUUAACAGCACCUGGAUAUUAUGACAAGAACAUGCCACCAGCGGCACAUAUGUACAGUGCUGCAAAAAAUUUAACACCUCAACUUUAUGCGAAUUCUCUUACCAAUUUUAAUAGUGGUCAACAAGCUGCGCCUGGAAAUUAUGUGCCCACAUUGAGCAACAACAACGGCAGCAAUGCAACAGCGGUAAGCAACAAUAGUAAUACAAAUCAGACAACUGUUGCCUUAGAUAACAAAAAUGGUGCCGUACCAGCAGCGCCACAGCCCGCUAAGCGAGGACGUAAGAAAAAAGCAUCAACAAUAGCAGCUGAGGCAGCAGCUGCAGCGGCAGCGGCAGCAAAACAGCAACAAACACAGCAACAGCAGCAGCUAAAAGAUCAACAGCAGCAAAGUUUGCUUGCUGCACAAUAUGGUAGUGCGAGUGCGGUUGCAGCACAUGCAUCUCAAUUAUCAAGCACAGCAACGUCACAUGUGCAGUCUGUACAUCAAAAUCCAAGCGUAACAGCAGCACAUCAGUUACAAGCAUUACACAAUUUUCAUUUAUACGCUGGUUUGAAGUCUGGAGGCGUUGGUUCACCAUUGUCCUCCGUACCGACAGCAGUUAAUAGCUUGUCGAAUGCAAAUGCAGCAGUUAGUGGUCCAGCCACUACAACUGCAAGCGGCACAACAAAUGCUGUGACUGCCGCUGCUAUUUCACUGAAGACAACUGCUGUACAAGUUGCUGCUACGGGUAUGGUACCUGCCAGCGCUUUCAACUAUGGCCCAACGCCCGGUGGCUUGGGUCUUUAUGGCGAUCAAGCAGCAGCUAGUACUUAUUUAGACCAACUCCGCGAUGCAUCCAAUCCAUAUUAUAUGCCAACGCAUCACACUACUGGCAGUACCGAUACGAAUGCUGAUAAAACACAAAACACACUUAAUGCAGCUACUGCUGCCGCCUCCUCAUAUCAAUUUUUAGCCCAUCCAUCUACGCGUGCAUCGCCUUAUCCUUUCAUUAAUACGGCAGCCGCGACACAACUUGAUGCAAACUCACAACUUUAUCCAUCGUAUGAUUAUGCACGUAUGAUGUUUAAUCCAAGUUUGUUAGGUGCAUCGGCCAGUGCAGCUGGUUAUGCACAACCACCUGCUGCUUAUCGUUCAUCCACAUUAGGCAUGACAAAGCCAUAUGAUAUAAACCAUCAGACAUGGUACUAGCAGUGCGCCGAUGCCGCCCAAGAUGGACUGACAAUCAGUGGGGCGGCACAUGAUCAACAACAAUUACAACAAACUGAA